AUGGGAAUUUUAAAAGGUAAAGAUACGGCUUUAGAACAUAUUGAAAAGUCAAAAUUGGCUUUUCUGGCAACAUUAUGCAAAAUGGAAAAAGACCUAUCAACAAAUACAAUGCCACCCAAAGAUCAUUUCAUUCUCAAUUUUGAUCGAAAUUCGAUUCGAAAUUUGAAAGGACGUGUCUACGAAACUAUGAAACAAUAUUCUUAUGAACAACUAGGUGAAGGUAUUCCUUCAGUUUUCAAUGCCAAGGGAGCUGAAAGUGGUCUCAUUAAUCCAACUAAACCACCAAUACCAAUUGUCGGCCGUCAAUAUGUUGCUUGUAUUUAUGAUGAUUUCAAACUAAUCGAUUGUUUAAUUGAAAUCGAUCGAACUGAAGUGGACAAUUUAGUUAAGAUCGCCAAUGCUCGACGCAAAUCAGUCAUCUAA